CUUUUCCUUUAUAGAUAAUAAAAAUAUAAGCAACUUGAAUUAAAAAAAAAUGCCCUUUUUAAAUUGCUUUUUACUUUUAUUUCUAAUCGCGACAAAGAGUGAAUCAUAUCCUAUUGUCACUUCUGCUUCUGACUGCACGUGGAUAUACUCUGACCCAUUCUUAUGUCUCAACGGAGAGUGUAUCCAGACUCGUUGGAUAUGCGACGGUCAUGAAGACUGCUUGGAUGGCAGCGAUGAGGCAGGAUGUGAAAAGAGAAAAUGCCCAAGUAGGCAUCAGUUCAGAUGCGGCAAUGGACAGUGCAUCCCUGAGUGGGAAGUGUGCGAUGGAUUAUAUGACUGUAGCGACCACACUGAUGAAGAGGCAACAAGUUGUGAAAAAGCCUAUUGGCCUGAAUCGCACGAUGAUGAUACAUCUGAAGAUGAUCUGAUUGAAAAUGAUAGCGAGGAACAACUCUGGUGUGAUGAGGAAGUUUUCAUUAAAUGCGAAAAUAAGUGUAUUUUGAAAGCUUUCAAGUGUGAUGGCGAAGCUGAUUGUGGGGAUUUAGCUGAUGAAAAUAAUUGUACAAAAGAAGAGUGUAGGGGCGUCUAUUGUGGGAGCAAUUGGUGCAUCUCCAACCUCAGGAAAUGUGAUGGAAUAAGGGAUUGCUUAAAUGGCGAAGAUGAAACCGAGUGUGAACACCACAAAUGCGAUAUAAAGACUCAAAUGAAAUGUGAUAAUUCUCGCUGCAUCAAUAAAAAUUCCAUAUGUGAUGGCAUUCACGACUGCUCCGAUGGAACUGAUGAAAUAAACUGCAUGAUAAAGUAUUCGAAAGUUAAAUCUGAAAACCAUUGCAGUGGUUUUUACUGUGACAACCAACAGUGCAUUCCGGAGUAUCUCAGAUGUGACGGAGAAGUUAACUGUUUGGAUGCGAGUGAUGAAUUCGGUUGCGGCUCACACGAAUGCGAUGAAAAAUCCCAAAUAAGAUGCGAUAAAAAUGUCUGCAAGCAAAGAAUACUUGUCUGUGAUGGAAAAGAAGAUUGUUUCGAUGGGAAAGACGAAGAAAACUGUAAAAAUAUUUUGUAUAAAUAAUAAAUAUAUUUAAAUUA